CAGCAGAGCCUGUGAAUGAACAGUGAAGCCGCAGAAGUUCGUGUCUCGUGCCUCUGGACUUCCACCACAGGGAAGCAGGGGCACGCGACGGGCGCGGGAAAAAAGAGUGUCCGUCCGGUCGCGGGAGAAAAAAAAAAAACAUGCGUGGCGUCGCCGCACGGUGCGUGUUCCUCUCUCUCUCUCUCCCUCUCUCUCUUUUCCUCCGCGCGCGACUAGUUGGUUAGAGCUGGUAACUAAGGCGAGCGUGACUAACUAGUUGUGGGUGAAAUUAUGGGAUGCAUCGUCAUGGCAACAGACCAGACGUCACAAUCUGGGCAUGUGUGUUCCAUUUUCGUCUUUCUUAUUUUUCAGACUGGAGGACCUGGAUAGAGAUCAGUGGAAUAAAAAAAAAUAUAUACAUGCAUGAUUUUUUUAUUAAUUUAUUUUUUUUAAUCCUGCAGAGGAAUUAACAAAAAAAACCAAAAAAAACAUCGACGACUACCCUGCAGUUUUUUUUUUUUUUUUUUUUUGGAGGUGAAGAAAGAAGCUGCGGCGGCUGCAGGGUUAACUUUCAGUCUCCUCAGCCGAAAAAACCGCGGGGGACUGGGGGGCUAUGAGCUGAAGAUGCCGGGGUCGCUGAGUAAUGAAGACGAGGGACAGGACGACAUGGAUUUUGAAGACGAUUUGCCAGAUGAGGAUGACGAAGGUGAGCGCAACGCCGUUGUUCCCCUCACGCCCCUCGACAGCUUCUUCUCCGAUGAUGACUCCCUCAAACAGCAGAAGAAGAAGAAGCCCAAAAAGAUGAAAGAGGGAAAAAUACCCAAAGUGAAGAAGAGGAAAAAGGAGGGAGGAAUCCAGCCGAGAGUCGACAGCGACCCGGAGGAGACCUCGGAGGUGGAGGUGGAGCGGGAACGUCCAGAGAUCGGCUCCGAGAGCGAGAGCAGCAUGUACGGCCCCACCAAGAAGAAGAAGAAGAAACCGAAGGAGAAGAAAGAGAAGAAGCCCCGGAAGAAGAAGAGAGAUGAGGAAGAUGAAGAUGAUGACGACGAUGAUGGUAACUCGAAAGAACCCAAAUCCUCGAGCCAGCUGAUGCAGGAGUGGGGUCUUGAAGACGUCCAGUAUGGCUUCACCGAGGACGACUACAAAACCAUCACCAACUACAAGGCUUUCAGCCAGUUCCUCAGGCCUCUCAUUGCCAAGAAGAACCCGAAGAUUCCCAUGUCAAAGAUGAUGACGGUGUUAGGGGCCAAGUGGAGAGAGUUCAGUGCCAACAACCCGUUCAAAGGCGCAUCUGCCACCGCCGUGGCCGCCGCCGUGGCUGCCGCCGUGGAGACGGUUACCGUGGCACAGCCAGCGACUGUCGGCGGCAGCCAGCCGAUCUCUCUGCCGGGGCCAAUCAAAAAAGCCAAAACCAAAGAGGGAAAGGGACCAGGAGUCAGGAAGAGAAGCAAGUCUGUGAAGGAGCUGAAGAAGAAGCCCAAGCCGAAAAAGACCAAAUCAAAGUCGGGCCAAAGUGGGAAGAAGAAGAAAGCCUCCUCGAGUGAGGAGGACUUCCUGGAGGAGUCAGACUUUGAUGACAUCAGCAUCCACAGUGCCUCAGUGUUUUCCGAUACCUUGGGGGCCGCCACCAAGAAAAAGGCCCGGCGUGGGCGGAAAAAAAGGAAAAAGGAGGACGGCGACGGCUACGAGACCGAUCACCAGGACUACUGCGAGGUUUGCCAACAGGGCGGAGAGAUCAUCCUGUGUGACACGUGUCCCAGAGCGUACCACCUGGUCUGUCUGGACCCCGAGCUGGAGAAGGCCCCCGAGGGCAAGUGGAGCUGCCCGCACUGUGAGAAAGAGGGAAUCCAGUGGGAGGCUAAAGAUGAAGAGGAGGAGGAGGAGGAGGAGGUCGUGGCUGAGGAGGAGGACGACCACAUGGAGUUCUGCAGAGUGUGUAAAGACGGAGGAGAGCUGCUGUGUUGCGACACCUGCCCGUCCUCCUACCACAUCCACUGCCUCAACCCGCCGCUGCCGGAGAUACCCAACGGCGAGUGGCUGUGUCCGCGGUGCAUGUGUCCCCCGCUGAAAGGUAAAGUACAGAAGAUUCUGCACUGGACAUGGGGGGAACCUCCGCUGCCGGCUGAGCUGCCCGCCGGCCCCGACGGGAAACCCAACGACCCACUGACCAAACCCCCGCUCAAGGGCCGCGCGGAGAGGGAGUUCUUCGUAAAGUGGGCGGGCCUGUCGUACUGGCACUGCUCCUGGGUCAGCGAGCUGCAGUUGGAGCUGUAUCACACCGUCAUGUAUCGGAACUACCAGCGGAAGAACGAAAUGGACGAGCCGCCGCCGUUCGACUACGGCUCCGGAGAGGAGGAGCUCAACAACGAGAAGAGGAAGAGCAAGGACCCCCAGUACGCCGUGAUGGAGGAGCGCUUCUACCGCUACGGCAUCAAACCCGAGUGGAUGGUGAUCCACCGGGUGGUCAACCACAGUUUUGAUACAGAUGGCGAUGUGCACUACCUGAUCAAAUGGAGAGACCUGGCCUACGACCAGUGCACCUGGGAGGUGGAUGACUUCGACGUCCCAGAGUACGACAGUCAUAUAGCGCUCUACUGGGACCACAGGGAGCAAAUUCUAGGGGAGGACCAACGCCCCCUGGUGGAGAGGAAAGGACAGAAACUCAAAGAGGACCAUCAGAAAAGGGAGGUCCCUCCUGACGCUCCCAUCAUAGAUCCGACCAUCAAGUUCGAGCACCAGCCGUGGUACAUUAACGCCACUGGAGGAACGCUGCACCCGUACCAGCUGGAGGGCCUGAACUGGCUGAGGUUCUCCUGGGCCCAGGGCACAGACACCAUCCUGGCCGACGAGAUGGGCCUGGGAAAGACGGUGCAAACCAUAGUGUUCCUCUACUCACUGUACAAGGAGGGUCACUCCAAGGGGCCUUUCCUGGUGAGUGCGCCGCUCUCCACCAUCAUCAACUGGGAGCGGGAGUUCGAGAUGUGGGCUCCAGACUUCUACGUGUUGACGUACACCGGGGACAAAGACAGCAGGGCGACGAUCCGGGAGAACGAGUUCACCUUUGAAGACAGCGCAGUGAAAUCAGGCAGAAAGGUGUUUCGCAUGAAGAAAGACACUCCAAUCAAGUUCCACGUGCUGCUGACGUCCUAUGAGCUGAUCACCAUAGAUCAAGCCAUUCUGGGCUCCAUCACCUGGGCCUGUCUGGUGGUAGACGAGGCCCACAGACUGAAGAACAACCAAUCAAAGUUUUUUAGGAUUCUUAACGGGUAUAAGAUCUACUACAAGCUGCUGCUGACUGGGACGCCUCUGCAGAACAACCUGGAGGAGCUGUUCCACCUGCUCAACUUCCUCACCCCAGUGCGCUUCAAUAACCUGGAAGGCUUCCUGGAGGAGUUCGCCGACAUCUCGAAAGAGGACCAGAUCAAGAAGCUUCACGACCUGCUCGGCCCUCACAUGCUCCGGAGGCUGAAGGUCGACGUGUUCAAGAACAUGCCCGCGAAGACGGAGCUGAUCGUCAGGGUGGAGCUCAGCCCCAUGCAGAAGAAAUACUACAAGUUCAUCCUGACGCGGAACUUCGAGGCUCUGAACUCCAAAGGUGGAGGGAACCAGGUGUCGCUGCUGAACAUCAUGAUGGACCUGAAGAAGUGCUGCAAUCACCCCUACCUGUUCCCUGUGGCUGCUGUGGAAGCUCCUGUUUUACCCAACGGUUCUUACGACGGCAACCAACUGGUGAAGUCCUCAGGGAAACUGACGCUGCUUCAGAAGAUGCUGAGGAAACUCAAAGACGAGGGACACAGAGUUCUCAUUUUCUCUCAGAUGACAAAGAUGUUGGAUCUGCUGGAGGAUUUCAUGGAGUUUGAAGGUUAUAAAUAUGAACGUAUUGACGGAGGAAUCACCGGAGGCCUGAGACAGGAGGCCAUCGACCGCUUCAAUGCGCCGGGGGCUCAGCAGUUCUGCUUCUUGCUCUCAACACGAGCUGGAGGUCUCGGCAUCAAUCUCGCCAGCGCCGACACUGUCGUCAUCUACGACUCCGACUGGAAUCCUCACAACGACAUUCAAGCUUUCAGCAGGGCCCACCGCAUCGGCCAAAACAGGAAGGUGAUGAUCUACCGCUUCGUGACACGGGGCUCGGUGGAGGAGCGGAUCACUCAGGUGGCCAAGAGGAAGAUGAUGCUGACCCAUCUGGUGGUGCGGCCGGGCCUGGGCUCCAAAACCGGCUCCAUGUCCAAACAGGAACUGGACGACAUCCUCAAGUUUGGCACGGAGGAGCUUUUCAAAGAUGAAAUCGAGGCGGCCCGGGCCAUGUCAGGUGACACCAAAGAUUGCGAGGAGGGCAACGUGAUUCACUACGACGACGACGCCAUCUCCAAGCUGCUGGACCGCGACCGGGACGCCACCGAGGACACGGAGAUCCAGAACAUGAAUGAGUACCUGAGCUCCUUCAAGGUGGCUCAGUACGUGGUGAAGGAGGAAGAGGGAGAGGAGGAGGUGGAGCGUGAGAUCAUCAAGCAGGAGGAGAACGUGGAUCCAGACUACUGGGAGAAACUCCUCCGUCACCACUACGAGCAGCAGCAGGAGGAUCUGGCUCGGAACCUGGGCAAAGGCAAGCGCAUCCGGAAGCAGGUCAACUACAACGACACGACGCAGGAGGAUCAGGAGUGGCAGGAUGAUCUUUCAGACAAUCAGUCGGAGUACUCCGUGGGGUCCGAGGACGAGGACGAAGAUUUCGAGGAGAGGCCUGAAGGAGGUCGCAGACAGUCUCGUCGGCAGAUGAAAAGCGAGAGAGACAAACCUCUGCCUCCAUUACUGGCCCGUGUUGGAGGCAGUAUUGAGGUCCUGGGGUUCAACGCCCGCCAGAGGAAAGCCUUCCUCAACGCCAUCAUGCGCUGGGGCAUGCCGCCGCAGGACGCUUUCAACUCUCACUGGCUGGUGAGGGACCUGCGAGGGAAGAGCGAGCGCGAGUUCAGGGCCUAUGUGUCCCUGUUCAUGAGACAUCUAUGUGAGCCGGGGGCGGACGGGGCAGAGACCUUCGCUGAUGGCGUCCCACGAGAGGGGCUGUCUCGCCAGCACGUUCUCACCAGGAUCGGGGUCAUGUCCCUCGUCAGGAAAAAGGUGCAGGAGUUCGAGCACGUGAACGGGAAGCUGAGUUCUCCAGAUCUGAUUCCCAUUGGGAUGGAGCUGAAGAAACUGACGGAGAGCGUCUCCUCCGACCCCAACACGCCGGUGCCGGCGAGCCCCGUGGCCACUCAGCCUGGCACCCCCGUCCCCCCCGAGAAGAGCGAGUCCCUCCUGGGGAGCAUGGAGGACAAGGAGACCACAGAGCAAGACAGCAAGAAAGUGUCAGAGCAGGAGACCUCCAGCUCGGAGCCGGCAUCUGUACCUGAGAAGGCGGCUGACAGCGAGGAGAGCAAGGCCAGCUCAGAGGAGAAAACGGGAGAUGAGAGGGACAGCACCGAGUCGCCCUCCACAAAGACAGAGCCAUCUGCCAACCCCAAAGAGUCGGCUUUGAAGCAGGCAGAGCUGUCAUCCGCUCAAAUCUCACCUAAAACGGAUCCCUGCAGGGACUCAGAAAAAGGAGAUAACGAUUCUCCUCUGGCGAAAAGUGAAGACAAGGAGAAUAAGCCAGACGACGUGAAGAGUGAAGACGCGUUGGAGGGUCGGCUGAACGGGGACAAAGACACUCUGGAGGAGCUGGACGAGAGCAGGAAGGACGACAGAAAUGGAUUCAAAGCCAAGUUCAUGUUUAAUAUCGCUGACGGAGGUUUUACAGAGCUGCACACCCUGUGGCAAACCGAAGAGCGAGCCGCGCUGUCCUCUGGAAAGAUGCACGACAUCUGGCACCGUCGCCACGACUAUUGGCUGCUGGCUGGCAUCGUAACACACGGCUACGCUCGCUGGCAAGACAUUCAGAACGACCCCCGCUAUGCGAUUCUCAACGAGCCCUUUAAGACUGAGAUACACAAGGGCAACUACCUAGAGAUGAAGAACAAGUUCCUGGCUCGCCGCUUUAAGCUGCUGGAGCAGGCUCUGGUGAUCGAGGAGCAGCUGCGGCGGGCGGCCUACCUGAACAUGACCCAGGACCCCAGCCACCCGGCCAUGGCCCUCAACACUCGCUUUGCUGAGGUGGAAUGUCUGGCCGAGUCCCACCAGCACCUGUCCAAAGAGUCCCUGGGUGGGAACAAGCCGGCGAACGCCGUGCUGCACAAAGGUCUCAGAGAUAGCAACAGAUUGCUGAACCAGCUGGAGGAACUUCUGAGCGACAUGAAAGCCGAUGUGACUCGACUGCCCAACAUGUUGUCCCGGAUCCCACCGGUGUCGGCGCGCCUGCAGAUGUCCGAGAGGAGCAUCCUGAGCCGCCUCACCAGCCGAGGCAGCGAGCCUCCGCCGCAGCAGCAGGUUAACUUCAUGUCUGUCCCUCAGCCUUUCAGCCAGGGGGCGUUCGGCUGCUCCCAGAUGUACGGCAGCAGCUUCGGCGGCGGCUUCAGGGGCCCGGGUGGACAGCCCAUGGUGAACUACAGCCAGAUGCCUAUGGGACCCUACGUCAGCGGUAAGGAUCAACAUCUGCAGUGGAUAACAGUGUCCGCUAACGGCCCCCCACCCCCCACAAGCCAUCUGGACAAGAAGUCACUCGACUCCUUGAGAGACGCCGUCACGCCGGACCUCAAGUCAGGCAAACCCAGUGAUGUCAUCUGCAUCGAGGACUAGACGAGCGUUGUAACUCUGACCCGAGGGCAGAAACCCUCCGGGGUGGAAUCUGCACGGACGACAGUCGCCCAUCUCCUUCUGCUUCAUCGUCCUCGUUCUCCCGCUCCUUCGAAUCUACAACAUCAAGCUCCCUGCUGUCUACGGAUGAGGCGAUUAACUUUUUAAUGCAGAUGUAUCUAUCUUAUAACAAUUGCACUUUUACCUUUUGAGGAUCGUAUACAAGUACUCCAGUAGAAGGGAGGAGGAGGAGGGAGGAAGGAGCAGUUCCCCUGACGGAGGACUUUUCUUUUUCCCACUACGAGGCAGAACUCGGUUCCUGAUGCUCUCGAUUGGGGCUCAAUCUAAUCUUGGAAUGUGUGUUUAAUUUGUGCCAGCCUCGACUGUUUGAUUCCGCGUGCGCCCUGCUGCUUUUACCCAUCCACCCACUCAUUGUACACUGUGACUGUGCCCCACUGGAGCUUCUCCUCUGUGAAGACGAGCGGAGUCGAGGACGUCUUCAGUCAUAGUUUGAUAAGAGAUUGUUUUUACUGAGGGGGGGCCGCUAUCGUUACUUUAAAUGAAUAUGUGGUUUUGUCAUUCAUGUAGUAACCAGUGGAUACAGUAUUGAUUUGAAUGCAUCAGAAGCUAUUAUCAUGUAUGCAGUAGCUGGACACAGUCUGUCUGAAUCCUCGUAAGACUGCCACCCGCUGGUAGCUUGCAGUCACACUGGACUGCAGGUCCCUGUGAGGGUCGGCCUCUUGUACUGUAUAUACUCAGAGACUGCUGUUUAUUUUACCUCACAUAGGUCUAAUCAUAGUAAAAAGACGUGUACAAUACGUGGAUGAAAUCAGACGCCGGGCUUGGAGACACGUACGAAGGUCGGGGCGGAGCAGAAGAAACGGUUUUUAAUGCAUUUCAGAGACGACUUAGUAUUUCUGUGUAUGGUACGAUAUUUGUGAUUCUUUCUAUAUUUGAAUGUUAGUAGUGGCGGUAGAGCUUAACCCUGGAGGCCAGUGGGGCAGGAUUAUGAUUUAGAAUGUGGGGGUGGGGGUGGGUUGGGGGGGGUGGGGUACAGAGACAGGCACGAAUCCUCAAAAGGGCUUUUGUUUUUUCUGAUACCCCGACACGAGGUAAGACACCAUGUCUUUAAAUGAAUUAGAUCCGUGCCCUUCACGAAAUGGACGGUUGUGACAAAGAGAGCUGGAAAACUACUUCUAGACAUAAUGGAAUUAUAGCCUUCGUGGGGUUUCUAUGAUUAUACAGUCCACUUUCUUCUUUAAUAACAUAUAACUGUUAAAAUGGUUAAAAGUCAUGUAUUUAUUUAUUGAAACUACAUUUAUCCGACCCCAUUCAGGCUAUAAUUAUAUCAUGAUAUUAAAUGAACUGUACACAGUGUAUGGGUGGUAGUUGUCCUACUCUCUCUCUCUCACUGUCUCACUUUCAGGCUCCAAACUGAACUAAAUGCUGAGAUAUUCAAUGUUUCAUGAAUUGGAAAUUACUCGAGACGACUGUGCUCAUAUGAAAUGAUUUAAUAUUGAAAAUCCAACAUGAUCUCAUUAUGAAUAUUUAUAACGUGAGCUAACUUUAGAAAGAACAUUUGGACAUUUGGGGCCAUUUUUGAGUUUGGAUGUUUAAAUUGGUUUGAAUGAGAAUCAGUUUUUUAAGAAAAAAGAAAAUUCAGAGACAUUAGGAAUAAAGUUGAAAACACCACGAGAACAAAGUUGUAAUUUUAAGAAGAUUAAGAAGCAAAAAGGAUCAAACUCUUCAAACAAUCUCACUGUGAACCUAUGAAACCUCUUUGAUUAACAUGCAGAUGUGAUCAAGUUAAACCCUGCAGACCAGUAUAUUAUACCAGUAUAAUCCAGAUACUUAUGUCUAAUGUAGAGCUUAUGUGCCAAAUUAUUACGGAUCAUGUUAUUUGUGAGACUUGACAAGAUUCUCCACAUUCCUCAUCUUAACGCAGGCGACAGAUCUUCUGAUAUUUCCUCUGUAAAAUGACAAAUGUCCUAAAUUACAACUUUUUUCUCGUACUAUUACAACUUAAUUUAUUCAUGAAAUCUCUGAAUUUUCAUUCUUCAACAUGGCCCUAAUACCCCAUCGUACGCAUAGUGCCUGCAGGCUGUGUGAUUUUUUAAAUAUAUAUAACAUUAUCUGAUAGUAAAACGUGGUGGGAUCCUGUUCUGCCUUCUGAAAACGCGUGGGGGACAUGUCCCCUGGGCCCCCCCCCCCACUCCUCUGUGAAUUACACCCCUGGACUGCACUAUAAACAAAAACACAUCUGGUCCACAUCCACAUCCAGGGUCAAACCCACAGAGUUGUGAGUGGAGAGUGACUUUUUAAUUCUCUCAUACGUCCCAGGGACUUUCCCAGUUCCCCCGUUGAUACAACUGAAUGAGAAGUAAAGUCCUUAAGGUGCGAUGGAACAUUGAGUCUCGAUAUGAGCUUUACUUUGCUUCUCUUUAUGUAAACUUAGAUGUAUUUGGUGCCAUUAAAGAAGAAGAAGAUCCGGUAAAGUUAGUUCUUCGACGCGGAGGUGACACCUGAAACUGUUAUUGUCGCCGUCUAAACCUCCAUUUGAAGGAAUAUUGUCUAUUUAUCAGCUUUUUAAGGACCAGUGUUGCACAACAUCAACUCUAAGGUGAUGUCUUCACUUUUACACUUUCCUCAGUUAUGGGUUAUUUUCUUUCGAAAGUGUGCUGCUGCCUAUUGCUUUGCCUGGUGUGACGGCACUUCAGCCCGGUUUAUCCACAUAUCCAUCAGUUGUUAUCAUGCACUAAAGUGUCCACUACGUGAAGCAAUCUUCUAUGAAUCCAAUCCAAUUUAUUUCGUACCAAGGCUCAAAUAUUUGGUCUCAAAGUGAAACUUCCUCUCGACAUCGACACAUUUUCUUUGGCGUCUCCAGUUUGUGUCCUCGCCCGCAGCACUUAUUCGACAUUGUGGGGAUGACGACUGUGAUUGGACUAAUCUAAACUGAGGAGGAAGUGUUGUACAGGGGCGGCGAGCGUAUUUUCUUACUCUCCUCUUCGACGAUACGAGAUGAUUGUCCUGAGGUGCUCUCAUCUUUUCCACUUAACUUUGAUUGUGUGACUGCAGCCUCUUCGCCCCUCGGAUCUCCGACUCGCUUUUAACUCAACUAAAACACGAGCAGAACUAUUUUGCCCGCGAGACGAAGCUCGAAGUGCAUCACAUCGGUUUUUCUGCGCUAUUCUUUGUCAGUGUGAAUCAGUGCUGUUCUGUUCGCUGUGUUUCCUUUCACGUCACCGAUUACUCGACCAUGACAUGUAUUAGGUUGCUUGACAGAUACAACCUCAGAAACAUGUAAAUACUUGAACGAUUUUUUUUUCAGAGAUAAGUCCGUCUGCUAUAGAUUUGCGUAUCAAACUGGAACAUAGAAGAAGAUGAAUGUCUGCUGGAUGGUGUUUGCCACAGAACUGCAGUGUGCGCCGUACGUGCUCAUCAGUCAAAAUCUUGUCUUUUUCCCCCCUCUGGAGUGACGACCACGAGACGACAUCAAAAACAUACUGCAAUGAAAUGCAAUCAAACUGAAGUCAGUACGAAUGUAACGUCUGUUAGAAAACAAGGCUUCAGUCUAAUAUUAUAAAUAUGUUAACAAUGUAUGUACAUGCUUAUUAACAUGGCUUCUAAAGCUACCAAAAGACCCUGAUAAAAGGCACCUUUGUUGCAGCGAAUGCACAGCAUGUGAAGCGUCUGACGGUUCACUUCGAGGAGGCGGUAGUGUAUCUAGCAUUUACAGACAACGAGCUCCGAGCAGUGUUAUGGUUCUGAUAUUUGUUCUGUAUAGCAAACGAAUGAAAAAAAAAGUGAAUUGUCAUCUUUUUAUUUGUAUUCUGUGUAUUUGUUCAAUGUGUUUUAAUAAAUCUUCUGGACAACAGUGA